UUUUGUAUUCCAUGAUAUAUCAAAGAGUUGUUCAUGUGCAGAACAACGAAUGAAUAAAUGUAAAUUUUAUUGAACCACGAGACAAGUCUUCAGUGGUACUGCUAUCUACCGGAAACCACGAGUACUCACACGAGAAGUGCGUGCUGCGAAUCUUUUUUUGCGUUAGUUGCGUAUCUUGUUGUUGUGCGCUGCGUAUUAAGUUGGUUCUGUAUUGUCUGGUUAAUCGUAUUCAUUUUUAACCUUUGCCCAAAAUUCAAGUGUCUGAUGGUCACACACUAUAAUGAUUAGUCGUUUUUGAGCAUACAGUUUUGAAUGUGAAUAUGAAGUAAAAAAUCUAAAAAUAAUAUAUUGAAUUUUAAAAUCAAAAUGACACCUGAGUAAUUUAAUUGUCACGUCUUGUAGAAAUUUAGUGGUGAUGAAUGAGAUCUCACAGAAUACUAGAAAGUGUUUUAAAUGAAUGAAAUAUCUGCAAUUUUAUUCACUCAUUAAGAAGUAUAUAAAAAAUAGAACAUUUAUAUCAACAAUGUCAGAAGUAGAAAAUGUGAAACGAGUUACACUUGACCAGUUUCCAGCUUUGUUACGGGAUUGUGUUCAUAUGCGCAACAAAGAACAUGUAGAAAAUCUUAUCAAUGAACUAGUUAAAGGUGGUGCUGAGAAGUUGCAGUUCAUUUCUGACUUUGACCAAACCAUGACAAAACAGCAUAUGAAUGGUCAGCGAUGUCUAUCCAGUUUUGGUGUGUUUGGACAUUGUCCUCAGUUACCCCAAAAUUAUCGGGAACAAUCACAAGCCCUUUUUAACCAGUAUCGACCAAUUGAAAUUGAUCCGGAAAUGAGUGUGGAGCAAAAGAUUCCUCAUAUGGUAGAAUGGUACGAGAAAGCUCAAGAUUUAUUGACAGGAUUUCCUCUACCACAAACACAUUUAGAUAAUGUAAUGCACAACAUCUGUUUAGAACUUAGGAAUGGCACAGUGAACUUAUUAUCACACUUAAACAAAGCUGAUGUGCCAAUGUUGGUAUUUUCCGCUGGUUUGGGUGACAUGGUUGCUGCAAUAUUGCGGUACCAUUCUGCUUUAUUGCCAAACGUUCACAUUAUAUCGAACUUCUUGCAGUAUGAUGGAGAUACAUUGUGUGGAUUCAAAGGCCAGAUUAUUCACACCUUCAACAAAAAUGAACACGCCAUUGAGAAUUCUGAUUAUUUCUCGUUGUUAACUGGACGCUCAAAUGUGAUAUUGCUGGGUGAUUCAGAAGGAGAUGCACGUAUGGCAGAAGGAGUUAAAGAUUCCAAUGCUGUUCUAAAAAUAGGAUUCUUGUAUGAACGGGUUGAAGAAAGUUUGAAUACAUACUUAGAUAUAUAUGAUAUAGUUUUAGUUGAUGAUCAAACAAUGGAUGUCCCCAAUCAACUUCUAGAUGUAAUAUUUAAAAUUUAAUAGGAUCAAUAUUGGAGGACAAAUACUUGACUUGGGUCAUGUAUAAUUGUGAAUGUGUGUAAAAUUGUGUGCAUAUGUGGUAUAAUUUGUUAUGUGUUUACAAAAAAUAUGAUAUAUUUUUUGAUGAGAUUGUAUAUUGAAAUAAUAAUUGGCAUUAAUGUAUUUGUUAAUUUAUCUUGUUUGAGACAUGUUUGGAUUGAGUAUUGUUAUCAGAUGUGUGAAGAGUGAAUUUUAAUAGUUAGAUCAUGGCUUUGUGCAGUAAACAUUGCAUCUUUUAAAGUCUUUAGUGAAGAACAUAUGAUACUAUGUUCAAUAAAUGUUUAUGAAAAAUAUCACUUCAAUUACAUAAAUAACAAAUUAAAAAUUAUGUAUGAAAUUUCUGGCAUGUAUUUAUUUUUUAUAUAUUUUAAAGCUGUGCUGUAUGUUUGGAAUCACUUUGUUGUUUAGGUAAAUAGAGAAACUAAUGCAAUGUGUUAUUAAUGUGAUGACAGGUAAGGUCUUUUAUAUUUAAAUGAGUUACAAUCGUUGAAAACAGUAUUCUAAAAAGUAUAAUCUACUGCCAAAAACAAUUCACUGCCUUAAUUUACACAUGACACUAUUGAAUAAAAUUGCACAAAGGCAAGCAAUGGUGUUUCCUUUUCUUGUUUGCGGUUUCAUGUCUGCCUCCAAUGCUUUUAUUUAUUUUAUGAGGUAUUUAACCAUAGUUUGAAUAAAAGGGUUUGAUUUGGUUUUUAACCCCCCCUUUUUAUGAAGAUGCAGUGUAUGCCAUAUUUUGUAACAAAAUGUAUAUUUUAUUAAACAAUGGAUUUGUCAUGGUUACGUAUUUGCUUUGUAAUUCAUAAUAAAUGUUGCAAAUAAUCUUACCUUAUCAUUGUUUUCUAAUUAUUAAAUGGAAUUUAAUUGGAUGGUAUUUUGACUUACUAGAUUAUUUAUAUAAAAUACUAUUUAUUUUGUUUAAAGCUUACUGUUUUAUUAAUUUUUUUCAAAGUUUAAAACAUUGAAUUUUUGUCCAAUACCUGGAAUUUCUACUUUAUUUAUUUAUUUUUUCUACUUUUUUUAUUUAUUUAUUUUACUAUCUUGUUCUCAUAUGGACUAUUGCAAAAACCAAUGAUAUGGGAAUCCCAGAACAGCGAAGUGGUAUAAAAAUGUGUUAAAAAUGGGCAAGGAAGGGUGCUGGCCAGGUAUUGGAAUGAGAUUAGAAAAUGAACUGGGGAAUGAUAAAUAUUCUUAAAGUAAAGGAGGUGCAGAAGUUAAGAGAGAGAGGAAUGAGGGUACAGGAAAUUUUAGGGACAGAGGACUGCAAGGACGUAAUAUGGAAUUCCAAGAUACGUGAGGGGAAGGAGGAGGGAGAGUAGCAGAAGCAGAAUUGCAAGACUCAGAAUGGGAAAUAGUGAGUGCAGUGAGGAGCAGUAUAUAUUAGGAAAUAUUGAAGAAAAGCUGGGCAGAGUGUAGUGUCAAAGGAAACAGAAACAUGUGAUGGAGAAGAUACAGGGGCCCGUGGUGUCAUUUAUUGUGUCUCAUGAAGUGUUAUUAGGGGACUCGGAUUCUGAUGACCUAAAAAUUAUUUGAAAAUCACCUAUGAAAUGACUUAAAAAAUAAGGGGAAAAUGACCUUCUUUUACUCAAAAAUUGUAUGAAUGUGUUUAUUCAUUCAAUGAAUUUUACCAUUUGUAAUACAAUUU